AUGCCCUUUGAUGCUUUAAUAUCGAGUCAAAAAGAUAAUGCCAAUCACCAGAACAUAACACCAAUAUCAAAAUCUGUCCUAUUGGCGCCUCAUUCAAACCAUCCAGUAAUUGAAAUAGCUACGUACUCAGAAACCGAUGUAUACGAAUGCUACAUACGUGGGUUUGAAACUAAAAUAGUUAUGAGAAGAACUAAGGAUGAUUGGAUCAACAUUACUCAAGUAUUCAAAAUUGCUCAAUUCUCGAAGACAAAAAGAACUAAAAUACUGGAAAAGGAAUCAAAUGAUAUGCAGCAUGAAAAAGUUCAAGGUGGCUAUGGUAGGUUUCAAGGUACCUGGAUUCCAUUGGAUUCGGCAAAGUUUUUGGUCAAUAAGUAUGAAAUAAUUGACCCCGUAGUUAACUCUAUAUUAACUUUCCAGUUCGACCCCAACAAUCCUCCACCAAAGAGAAGUAAAAAUAGUAUAUUGAGGAAGACCUCACCAGGAACCAAGAUAACGUCACCCUCAAGCUACAAUAAAACUCCCAAAAAAAAGAACAAUAAUUCAUCGACAUCAGCUACUACUACAACUAUAAACAAGAAGGGCAAGAAAAAUGUGUCGAUAACCCAGCCAAAUCCAAGUCCUUUACAAAACCUUGUUUUCCAAACUCCUCAACAGUUUCAAGCAAAUUCAUCGAUAAAUAUAAUGAACAAUAACGAUAGCCAUGCAACGAUGAGCUUCAACAAUGAUACAAGACACAACUUAAUAAAUAAUAUUACAAACAACAACAGUAACCAAUCGACCAUUAUCCAACAACAGAAAUCUAUCCAUGAAAACUCUUUCAGUAAUAAUUAUUCGGCGACUCAGAAACCUUUACAGUUUUUCCCUAUUCCCACAAAUUUACAAAACAAGAAUAUUAUUCAGAACAAUCCUAAUAGUAAUGACAGUAAUAGCUAUAGCCAUAACAUUGACAAUGUCAUUGGUGGCAAUAGUAAUAACAACAAUUUGAUCAUAGUUCCCGAUGGCCCUAUGCAAAGCCAGCAACAACAUCAUGAAUAUAUGACGAAUAAUUUCAAUAAUUCCAUAAUGGAAUCCCAUACAAUUGGUAAUAGUAAAAAAAAGAGGAAAAAACUGAACAACUCUAAUGACCAACAAUUUUACAUCCAGCAAGAAAAAAUACAAAGACAUUUCAAAUUAAUGAAACAACCUCUACUAUGGCAAUCAUUUCAAAACCCAAAUGAUCAUCAUAAUGAGUACUGUGAUAACAAUAGUAAUAACAACAAUAACAGCAACACAUUGGUUUCCAAUGGCUCCUCCAUUGAAGUUUUUUCAUCGAACGAAAACGAUAACAGUAUGAAUAUAUCUUCGCGAUCUAUGACGCCAUUCAGCGCGGGAAAUUCCUCAUCUCAAAACAAAUUGCAAAACAAAAUGACAGACCAAGAAUACAAGCAAACAAUAUUGACAAUAUUAUCAUCGGAAAGAUCUUCUGAUGUUGAUCAAGCGUUGUUGGCGACUCUGUAUCCAGCGCCAAAGAAUUUUAACAUAAAUUUUGAAAUCGAUGACCAAGGACACACUCCAUUACACUGGGCUACGGCUAUGGCAAAUAUUCCUCUGAUAAAGAUGCUAAUAACAUUAAAUGCUAAUGCGUUACAGUGUAAUAAACUAGGUUUCAAUUGCAUUACAAAAUCGAUUUUUUAUAACAAUUGUUAUAAGGAGAAUGCUUUCGAUGAAAUAAUAUCUAUCUUAAAAAUAUGUCUUAUAACUCCGGACUCAAAUGGAAGAUUGCCAUUUCAUUAUUUAAUUGAACUGAGCGUUAAUAAGUCCAAAAAUCCGAUGAUAAUAAAAUCUUAUAUGGAUUCGAUAAUAUUGAGCUUGGGCCAGCAGGACUACAAUCUAUUGAAGAUAUGCUUGAAUUAUCAAGAUAAUAUAGGGAAUACCCCGUUACAUCUUUCUGCCUUGAAUCUGAACUUCGAAGUUUAUAAUAGAUUGGUAUACCUUGGUGCAUCAACGGAUAUUCUCAAUCUAGAUAAUGAGUCACCUGCGUCAGUAAUGAAUAAGUAUAAUACUUCAGCCAGUGGGUCUAACAAUAACGACACCAAAAUGGAUCGGAAAGUACUUCAAACUCUUCCUCAGAAGCAUCACUACAAGCAACAGCAACAGCAACAGCAACAGCGGCCCCAAAACAACGUCAAAAUCCCGAAAAUUAUAAAAACUCAACAUCAUGAUAAAGAAAAAUCUCCAGAUGUCAAUUUAACUAAACCAGAUUCAGAAGUAAAUGAAAGUCAAUACCUGCAUUCUAACCAACCAAACUCUACAAACAUGAACACUAUAAUGGAUGACUUAUCCAAUAUCAAUUCAUUUGUUACGUCAUCUGUCAUUAAAGAUAUAAAGUCGACACCGUCCAAAAUUUUAGAAAACUCACCUAUUUUAUAUGGAAGAAGAUCACAAUCAACAUCAGAUGACAAAGAAAAUACUAGGAAUCAUGAGGAUCGAGACGAAAGGAAAAAUGUUUCCUUAAAUAAAGAAAAGAAUAGCAUGCCAUUAUUAGAAUCACCCUCUACUUUAUUGCCAAUACAGAUGUCUCCAUUAAGAAAAUAUUCAAAGCCUCUUUCACAGCAGAUUGACGUGUUAAAUACAAAAGUCUCUUCAAUGCAAAAAAAGAUGGGCGAGGAAAUCAAACAUCUGGAUGACCAAGUAAUUGAAACAGAAUCUUCUAUUUCUAAUACAAAGAAACGAUUAAUUACAAUAGCGCACCAAAUAGAGGAGGCAUUUGAUUCAGUAUCGAACAAAAAUUCCAUAACUUCAAUAUCAGAAUUACAAACAAGGAUUAAAGAAACGUCCUCAAAGUUGAACUCUGGAAAGCAGAAUUUUAUCCAAAGCUUGGAAAAGUCUCAAGCUUUAAAACUUGCAACAAUUGUCCAGGAUGAGGAAUCAAAAGUUGAUACAGAUCUCAACUCAAGGUCACACUCAGAAAAGCAUGAAAAUAAGGAGCCAACUCCAUCCCUGAAAUCAAACUCCUCUUCUCCUGAUAAUUCUAAAGCGGACACCAAAUUGGCUAAUGAUAUACAGGAUUCUUAUGAUAAAAAUGAGACGUUAAGGCUAGCAACUGAACUAACGAUUUUGCAGUUCAAAAGAAGGAUGAAAACAUUAGAAAUAAGCGAAGCAAGGAGUAAGAUCAAUUCAUCUGUUAAGUUAGAUAAAUAUAGAAACUUGAUUGGUAUCACUAUUGAGAAUAUUGAUUCAAAACUGGACGAUAUUGAAAAGGAUUUGAGGGCAAAUGCAUAA